AUGGAUAAUUUGAAAUUAUUAAUGCCAAAACAUGCACGCCGAACGCGAACAACAGCCAAAUUCUUUUCUUUCCGGUUGAAAAAAGACUUAAACAUUAAGCGCCAAAACUAUUUGAAAUUGGAUCAAAAGUCGGGUGAUUUAAAGACCAAAACAUUAGUCAAUCGAAAAGCUAGGCCUUUCUUUCGCAUUAUGGCGCCUUUUAAGCUGUUUCGAAUGAAUCAAGGCAGCACCUCGCGAAGCACAUCGCAAGAAACUGAGCCCGAUCAGCCGGUUAACUUAGUCAUAACAACGCCAAGUCUAAACAAGUUAACGACUGUAAUGACGCCAUCAUCUGCCCAUUACCUUAACGUCGACGAGUCUGAUCAGAAUAGCGAAAAUAGUAGUUUAAUGUCUCUUAAUAACGAUCAGCGUGCUUUACUUUCAUCUGGCUCUACUGUCGAUCAAAUAGGAUAUUCAAGUCCACAACUGUCAGAUAUACCGAUAAGUCCACCGCCCAGCUACGAAGCGGUGAUGAAAGAGAAUCAUUUACUGGCUCUAGAUAAAGAAAACAACUCGAUACAAACGACGAUACAUACAAACCUGUUGGUAGAAAGCUUUUACAAUACAUCCCACGCCAGCAAUAAUAAUUUGCUGAACGAAAUGAAUGAGUUUAAGACGAACAGCGCCCAAAGCAUCGUGUCGCCUGCACGAGAAAAUCUGCUAAUUGAUGGUAGUGAGUGUACGGAUCAGUGCAAUCAUGGCUCUUGUAACUGCAUAAAUAACGAGGUCGGGGGAAACAAUAAUGAGAAUUACGGUGAAUACGAUGAACGUUGCCUGGAGAACGAUUUGGCGGAACGUUGUAGUUUGGAGAAUAAUGAGAAUUGUUCGGAGAACUAUAACAACUGCAGUGAAGAUUACACGACCGAAUGCCAAAAUCAAUAUCAAGAUUCUGACUAUUCGAAUCAAUAUUGCAACGAAGACGAUGGCGGUGGUCAACAGCAAAUGAACUAUACGGAAGUAAAGGGACCUGAAAUCCUUUACAAAUCCAGCAAAGAGCUUUACAAAGCAGUGGCCAAACAAUGUGGAAUUCAAUGUAAAAUGACAGAUACUUGUCGCUGCGUUGAUUGCCAAUCGCGCUAUUUUGAUUGUGAAUUCGACCAGAAUGAAAAUGAGAAAACUGACGGUGGACUUGGAGCAGGCACUCCAAUGUUUGUCAAUGAAGUCCUACAUGGAACAGCUUGCGUCAUUUUAUAAGCAUUUUUUGAGAGUUACUUGAAACGGGUCAAUGUGAGAACAAAACUUUUAUGUUCUUUCCAUUUUCUUUCUUUUUCUUAUUUUGCGUAUCUUAGAAACAUUCGUGUUUUGGAAGCCGUAAGGUGAAAUUCAUUAAAUAUGAACACCAGUAAGGGGCUAAAUUUAGAAAAUAUAUUUGUGACAUAAGAUGAACAAAAUCUAAUGUUGCGCAACAUGUCUCUAAAAUAACGAGGUAGACUUUACUAAAUAACAAAUAACAUGACAACCUACCUAAGUAUCUACACAAGGAUGAGAUUAUUCAUUUGAAUUGCACAACAAGAAACAUAGUGAACUUUAAUCAAAUUUGAAGCCUCUCCUUUUACUCCCCCAUCCCCUCAAGUAAAACAUUUGUAAACUUAUCGAAUGAAAGAUAUAAAAGAUAGAGCAGAGGCAUCUUAAUGUCCAUAGACAUACAUACAAAAUUUUACGAAUUUUUGAUUACGUAAGAACCUAAGGCUCUAAUAAUAAAAAUUAUAUAAAAAGAAGAGAAUCAAUUCAUGAUUUUAUAAUUCUCAAAACUGUUUUUAUUAAAACUUAUAAAAAAAAUAGAAAUUAAAUUUUAAAUAAUGUACUUUCAUAUAUGAAGCUUUUAAAGUUUCACAAGAGUUCUAAAAAUACUUAUUCAAAGCUCUGAAGUUUUUAAAGAAACAAAACAUGAACAUUAUAAGCUUUGAAAGCUUUCAAAAGUGCAUGACUUAAAUCCUUCUACAUGACUUUAAUUAUUUUCUCUCUAUCAAAACAGAAGAAUCAUCACUUGGUAAUUUUAAGAAGCAUUUAAUAUGUCUUUGCAAACAAAUUGUGUGUAAUUAACAAGAAGUUGUUGUCCUUAAUUCCUUUGCACGCAAACAAAAAAAAAUGAAACCAUUAUCUAACACAAAAAAAAGGAAAUAAAUAUAUUUUUAUAUGUCGACAUGAAUUGAAUUGAAAGAGAAACUGAACAUUAAACAUUCCACUAAAAACCAAAUUAAAAAGAUUAAAGAAAAGCAUUUUAAUGACGUUUAAUUAAUGACCUUGAGCAAAUCACCGGUAAAAAGUAAAUUAAUGGUAUUAACCAAGAUGAAAUAAAACCGUAUUGAAUUAAAGAAAAAAUUAA